UAGGACUUCAUGCUAAAUCAGAUCAAAUUAUUUACGAUACCAACUGAUAUCUCUUGGCUUUCUCUUUGUGUAGCUGUGUGAGUUUUGUGUGCGAUAUGUAAGCCGCACUGGAGAACACAGUGUUUUAGGGACCACAUUCGGUGAUAAACAGCCAGUGGAUAAGCGAGUGGUUGAAACUUCCGCCCGUGGAAGGCGAUUAUCGUCGCGACGUUGUUUUGCCUUGAACAGUUCUUGAAAUAAUAAUAAUAUCCAUUUUGGUGAGAAGUGCGUGAGUUUUGACUGCCCUCGAAAUGCGAUAUCCGCUGCUCCUGCUGCAGCUGCUCGGCCUGGUCCUCCUCUAUUCCGGAGGAGUCCAGUCCGCCUACUGCCCCACCGGAUGCAACUGCCUGGAGCGAACCGUGCGCUGCAUCCGCGCCAAACUCAACGCCGUGCCCAAAGUGCCCCAGGAUACCCAAACGCUAGAUUUGCGUUUCAAUCACAUCGAGGAGCUGCCGGCCAACGCGUUCAGUGGUCUCGCCCAGCUGACGACGCUCUUCCUCAAUGACAACGAGCUGGCUUACCUGCAGGAUGGGGCACUCAAUGGACUGACGGCGCUGAGGUUCCUCUAUCUGAACAAUAAUCGGCUAAGCCGCUUACCCACGGCCAUCUUCCAGCGAAUGCCACGCCUGGAGGCGAUUUUCCUGGAGAACAAUGACAUUUGGCAGCUGCCCGCCGGCCUCUUUGACAACUUGCCGCGUCUGAAUCGCCUGAUCAUGUACAACAACAAGCUGACCCAACUGCCCGUGGAUGGUUUUAAUCGGCUGAACAACUUGAAGCGCCUGCGACUCGACGGCAAUGCCAUCGACUGCAAUUGUGGCGUCUACUCGCUCUGGCGCCGCUGGCACCUGGAUGUCCAGCGUCAAUUGGUGUCCAUAUCGCUCACCUGCUCCGCUCCCCAGUUGCUUCAACAUCAGGGAUUCUCCAGCCUGGGCGAGCAUCACUUCAAGUGCGCCAAGCCGCAGUUUCUGGUGGCUCCCCAAGAUGCCCAAUCCUCGGUGGGGGAGCAGGUGGAGCUGAGCUGCGAGGUCAGCGGCCUGCCACGCCCCCAGAUCACGUGGAUGCACAACACCCAGGAGGUGGAGAUUGAAGAGGAGCCACCGAGGAGGGCGGAGAUCCUGCCCAGCGGCAGUCUGCUCAUCCGCAGUGUGCAGCCCAGCGACAUGGGCAUCUAUCAGUGCGUGGCUAUCAAUGAGAUGGACGAACUGCGCUCCCAACCUGUCCGCCUGGUAGUUAAUGGCGCUAGCCACCCACUCGAUUCGCCUCUGGAUGCCCGCAGCAAUCAGGUGUGGGCGGAGGCGAAGCCAUCAUCGGAAUCACCAUUACCAUCGCCACCGCACUUCACCCACCAGCCACGCGACCAAAUUGUGGCCCUCCAUGGCUCCGGACACGUGCUCCUCGAUUGCGCCGCCUCCGGCUGGCCACAGCCGGACAUACAAUGGUUCGUCAAUGGCCGCCAACUCUUGCAGUCGACGCCCAGCCUCCAACUGCAGGCGAAUGGCAGCCUCCUCCUGCUGCAGCCCACCCAACUCUCCGCCGGCACGUAUCGCUGCGAGGCUCGCAAUUCUUUGGGCAGCGUCCAGGCCUCGGCCCGCAUCGAACUGAAGGAAUUGCCCGAAAUUUUAACUGCCCCGCAAAGCCAAACAAUCAAACUGGGCAAGGCCUUUGUGCUGGAGUGCGAUGCCGAUGGCAAUCCGCUGCCCACCAUCGACUGGGAGUUCAAUGGCGUUCUGCUGGCGGAAAAUACGCCCCAGCUGCAGUUGGAAAAUGAGAACACCGAACUGGUGGUGAGUUCGGCCCGCCAGGAGCAUGCCGGUGUCUAUCGCUGCAUUGCGAGGAAUGAGAACGGUGAGUCGAGCAUGGAGGCCACCAUCACUGUGGAACGGUCGCAAUCGCCACCGCAUAUCGCCAUCGAGCCCACCAAUUUGGCGGCCAUUACGGGCACCACCAUCGAGCUGCCCUGCCAGGCCGAUCAGCCGGAGGACGGACUGCAGAUUACUUGGCGCCACGAUGGCCGGCUCAUUGAUCCGAAUGUGCAGCUGACGGAGAAAUAUCAAAUAAGCGGCGCCGGCAGUCUCUUCGUCAAGAAUGUGACCAUCCCCGAUGGCGGACGCUACGAGUGUCAGCUGAAGAAUCAGUUUGGCCGCGUUUCCGCUUCCGCCCUCGUUACCAUCAGAAACAAUGUGGAUCUGGCGCCAGGAGAUCGUUACGUACGCAUUGCCUUCGCAGAGGCCGCUAAAGAAAUCGACUUGGCCAUCAACAACACCCUGGACAUGCUCUUCUCCAAUCGAUCCGAUAAGGCUCCACCCAACUAUGGUGAACUGCUGAGGGUUUUCCGCUUUCCCACCGGCGAAGCCAGGCAAUUGGCGCGAGCGGCGGAGAUCUACGAAAGAACUUUGGUGAAUAUCCGGAAACACGUUCAGGAGGGUGAUAAUCUGACCAUGAAGAGCGAGGAGUACGAGUUCAGGGAUCUGCUAUCCAGGGAGCACCUGCAUCUGGUGGCGGAGCUAUCGGGUUGCAUGGAGCACCGUGAGAUGCCAAAUUGCACGGAUAUGUGUUUCCAUUCGCGAUACAGGAGUAUCGAUGGUACUUGUAAUAACCUACAGCAUCCCACGUGGGGAGCUUCACUCACUGCCUUUAGGAGAUUGGCGGAACCCAUUUAUGAGAAUGGUUUCAGCAUGCCCGUAGGUUGGACCAAGGGUAUGUUGUAUUCGGGUCAUGCGAAACCGAGUGCACGGUUGGUUUCCACUUCGAUAGUGGCCACCAAAGAGAUUACCCCCGAUGCCAGGAUCACGCACAUGGUGAUGCAAUGGGGUCAGUUCCUCGAUCACGAUCUGGAUCAUGCCAUACCCUCGGUGAGUUCGGAGAGUUGGGAUGGCAUCGAUUGCAAGAAGAGCUGUGAGAUGGCGCCACCCUGCUAUCCCAUCGAGGUGCCUCCCAAUGAUCCCAGGGUACGAAAUCGUCGUUGCAUUGAUGUUGUGAGAUCCAGUGCCAUUUGUGGUUCCGGGAUGACCUCCCUCUUCUUCGACAGCGUUCAACAUCGCGAGCAAAUCAAUCAGUUGACCUCGUAUAUAGAUGCUUCCCAGGUCUAUGGUUAUAGUACGCCCUUUGCCCAGGAACUCAGGAACCUGACUUUCCAAGAGGGUUUACUUAGGGUGGGGGUUCACUUUCCCAAGCAAAAGGACAUGCUACCCUUUGCGGCGCCCCAGGAUGGCAUGGAUUGUAGGAGAAACCUGGAUGAGAACCAGAUGAGUUGCUUUGUCUCGGGAGACAUAAGGGUAAAUGAGCAGGUGGGCCUGCUGGCCAUGCACACCAUUUGGAUGAGGGAGCACAAUAGGAUAGCCAGGAAGCUGAAGGAAAUCAAUUCCCACUGGGAUGGUGAUACUUUGUACCAGGAAUCCCGUAAGAUAGUCGGUGCCCAGAUGCAACAUAUCACUUUCAAGCAGUGGUUACCCCUGAUAAUUGGUGAGAGUGGCUUGAAGAUGAUGGGUGAGUACAAGGGUUACGAUCCCCAAGUGAAUCCCAGUAUAGCCAAUGAGUUUGCCACGGCUGCCUUGAGAUUUGGUCACACUAUUAUCAAUCCUAUACUGCAUCGCUUGAAUGAGAGUUACCAGCCCAUUCCCCAGGGUCACCUGCUCCUCCACAAGGCCUUCUUUGCCCCCUGGCGUUUGGCUUAUGAGGGCGGAGUGGAUCCCCUGAUGAGGGGCUUUCUGGCUGUGCCGGCCAAGUUGAAGACCCCCGAUCAGAACCUCAAUACGGAACUCACCGAGAAGCUAUUCCAAACAGCUCAUGCUGUAGCCUUGGAUCUGGCUGCCAUAAAUAUCCAGCGGGGCAGGGAUCACGGAAUGCCGGGCUAUAAUGUCUACCGGAAGCUUUGCAAUCUUACAGAGGCCCAGACCUUCGAUGAUCUAGCAGGUGAGAUCAGCAACGCAGAGAUACGCGGGAAGAUGAAGGAUCUCUAUGGGCAUCCGGAUAAUGUGGAUGUUUGGUUGGGUGGGAUACUAGAGGAUCAGGUGGAGGGUGGCAAGGUGGGUCCCCUCUUCCAGUGCCUCCUGGUCGAACAAUUCAAACGCCUGCGGGAUGGCGAUCGUUUGUACUACGAGAAUCCUGGGGUCUUCUCACCCGAGCAGCUAAGCCAAAUCAAACAGGCCAACUUUGGUAGAGUUUUAUGCGAUGUGGGUGAUAACUUCGAUGAGGUAACCGAGAAUGUGUUCAUUUUGGCCAAACAUCAGGGUGGCUACAAGAAGUGCGAGGAUAUAGCUGGGAUCAAUCUUUAUCUGUGGCAGGAGUGUGGAAGAUGUGAGAAUAGUCGACCGGCCAUCUUUGAUUCCUAUAUACCACAAACUUAUACAAAGAGGAGUAGCCGGCAGAAGAGGGAUCUUCAGGAUAUCACCACCACUGCUGAAAGCUAUGAUAGUCCUUUGGAAUCCCUCUACGAUGUGAAUGAGGAAAGGGUUAGCGGUUUAGAAGAACUAAUUGGCAGUUUCCAGAAGGAACUGAAGAAACUCCACAAGAAGCUGCGUAAAGUGGAGGAAUCCUGCAAUUCCGCUGAUACCGAACCGGUGGCUCAAGUGGUUCAAUUGGCUCCUGCUCCGCAGCAAGUGAUCAGCAAGCCCAAGAGGAGCCACUGCGUCGACGACAAGGGAACCACGCGGCUGAAUAACGAAGUCUGGUCACCGGAUGUCUGCACCAAGUGCAACUGUUUCCACGGUCAGGUCAAUUGUCUAAGGGAACGAUGCGGCGAGGUCAGCUGUCCCCCGGGAGUUGACCCCCUCACGCCCCCCGAGGCCUGCUGCCCCCACUGCCCGCCGUCUCUGGUCAAGUGAGGAUCUCAGCCGCAAGAAAUACGCAUAUCGAUGUACACGUUUAUCCGUAGUAGCCACUCACUCACUCUAAUCAAAACGCAAAAAAAAAAAGAAAAAAUAAAAAAACACACCGGCAAUUGCGCAAUGAGCAUGUUUAAUUGACAAUUAACUAACAAUGUACUGCUACACAUGUAAUAAAAUAAAGCACAUUAAUAUUCCAUAAA